AUGGUCAACUCCUGUUGUGGCUCUGUGUGCUCUGACCAGGGCUGUGGCCUAGAGAACUGCUGCCGUCCCAGCUGCUGCCAGACCACCUGCUGCAGGACCACCUGCUGCCGCCCCAGCUGCUGUGUGUCCAGCUGCUGCAGGCCCCAGUGCUGCCAAUCUGUGUGCUGCCAGCCCACCUGCUGCCGCCCCAGCUGCUGCCAGACCACCUGCUGCAGGACCACCUGCUGCCGCCCCAGUUGCUGUGUGUCCAGCUGCUGCAGACCCCAGUGCUGCCAGACUACCUGCUGUAGGACCACCUGCUGCCGCCCCAGCUGCUGCAGGCCCCAGUGUUGCCAGUCUGUGUGCUGCCAGCCCACCUGCUGCCGCCCCAGCUACUGUGUAUCCAGCUGCUGCAGACCCCAGUGCUGCCAGACCACCUGCUGUAGGACCACCUGCUGCCGCCCCAGCUGCUGUGUGUCCAGCUGCUGCAGGCCCCAGUGCUGCCAGACCACCUGCUGCAGGACCACCUGCUGCCGCCCCAGCUGCUGUGUGCCCUCCUGCUGCAUCUCCAGUUGCUGA